AUGCGGAGCGGUCAAGUUAGCGACUUUUGCAUCUCUGCUUCCCCAUUCAUCUUCAUCGUCAUGUACUGGUACAUCUCCUUCUUGAGGCCGCCUCCCGUCUCUGUCGAGUCUGGAGGUACCAUCACCAUCACUCCUCAAGUAGCCAACGACCUGCGCACCGAACUUCGAUAUGAUCCCACCGAAAUCUACUAUACCUGGCAGCGGACCGAGCCAUCUAUACAGCCCUCACUACCUUCGGAACAUCUGACGAGUUUCGUUCCGCCCGAAAGCACCUAUCGACCACUCAGCAUCCCACUCCCUGCUAAGGCUGGUAUCGGCGAGAAAUGGCGGCUAUGCCUUUUCGCACCGGGCCCUCCUGCCUCGUCUUUACGGUCGGAUAGCGUCGAGACCGGUCGGCAAGACAUCCUCGCUCUGACCGGGCCAAGCGCGAAGUGCUCCCCUAUCAGUGUCUGGAGCGAGGGCAUAGAGAUUGUCCGGCCGGCCGGCGCGAGUACUGGCGGAGUGACCAAGGGGGUCGGCGGGCAGGGUGGCAAGGGAAGGGCCAAGGGGAAAGGCAAGGCGGAGGAUAAGGAUAAAGCGAAAGGGAAGGGAAAGGAGAAAGACGAGACUGUCAAGCAGACCAGGAUCACGAGGGAAUGGUCUACGCCGUCGGGGGUAUUGAAGGUGGUAGAGCAGACGUCUUUCGAUCUGGACAAGAAAAUAUGGGACUCGGGCCUUGCCCUCUCAUCUUGGCUGUACCGCCAUAUACCAGCAGCUAUUGCCCACCCAGCAGACACCUCCGACCUCCCAAAACCUGAACCAAGGGCGAGGUUCUUGCUGGGAUAUGUGACCGCCGUGCUCGGUAUCACCGAUCACGCUCAUAACAUCAUCGAGCUGGGAAGCGGUACCGGUCUCGUCUCUAUCGCUCUUCACUCCAUGAUCGGUGCUAAAGCCAUGUCGAAUCGAGGUAGAAUCAUAGCGACGGAUCUGGAAUCCGCUCUCGAGCUCAUGGACGAGAACAUGUCGCUCAAUCAGUCAUCAAACGCUCCGGAAGCAGACGAGGGGUUGUGCGUCCAUGCUCGAGUACUGGACUGGGACCAGCCUCUUCCAGCCUGGAUCAGCGACGACUCGCGUGACGUUGGAAAGCGAUGGCCAAGCCUCAUCAUUUCCGCAGAUGUGACAUACAACACCGCCUCAUUCCCAUCUCUCGUCCGCACCCUCACCGCCCUACUCAGACCAGGAUCUCCAGACGAGAAGCAGCCGAUGCUGCUUCUUGCGUACAAGCAGAGAGAUCCUGGAGAACGGGAGCUGUGGAAGAUGCUCGAAGACGUAGGGAUUGUGAUGCGGCUUGCGGAUACGAUCGAGGGCGCGGAUGGGGGCGAAGGGGCAGUAGAGAUCUGGCUGGGAUCCUGCGAGGAGAGCACAAUGAUGCGCUAUGACCUUAGUGACUAUGAGGAUACAACGGCGUAG